UUUGGGCUUCGGCAAGACUCCUCCAUAUCAUCACUUUAGGGGCACUCUCCGCACCAUUUGGGGGCCAUGGCAGAUAUGUCAAUACCUUUCCACUCCCUCCGAUUCGACAAUACGCUGAGGGAGGAAAAUGGUGACCCCCAAAACAGCGGGAUGACCUUCGCUGGACCAGUAAUGGAGACCAGAGCAGAGGUCCAAGUUUUACAUUCUCACGUACAGCCUAUAGUCUCCACUUCAGCGUCCGACCCUGAAGGGAUGUCUGCACAGCUGAUGACAUCCCCAGCCUUUGAUACCACGUCUGCACCUGUAACGGAAGCACCAGACUCUGGAGCACUGUCGCCGUCACUAAUGCCAGGCUCCGACUCUGGGGCACUGUCCCCACUGCUAAUGGCAGCUCCAGAUUCAGAAGCACUGUCCCCAUUGCUGAUGCCAGCCUCAGAUUCUGGAACACUGUCCCCAUUGCUGUCCACUUCAGACUAUGGAUUAAUAUCCCCAGGGUUGAUGACAAUUCCUGACUUUGGGACAAUGUCUGCAGCACUAAUGGCAGCACCACAUUCUGCAGAGAUAUCACCAUUGGCAAUGCCAGCUUCGUCCUCUGGAGCAAUGUCUACACCUAUAGUGAGCACUUCAUCCUCUGAAGCAACACCCACACCGUUGAUGCUGGCCCCAGAUCCUGGAGAGAUAUCCCCACUCCUGAUGCCCGACAUAAACCCUGGAGUGACGUCCACACAGCCAAUGCCAGCUCCAGGCUCUGAAGCAAUGUCACCUCUGCAAAUUACAGAUGAAGACACUGAAGCGAUGUCUCAAGUUCUAAUGACUGCUCUGGCCUCUGGAGAGAUAUCUUCACUGCUAAUGUCAGGCACAGACUCUGAAGCGAUAUCUUCACUGAUAAUGUCAGCCCUCGCUUCUGAAACAACGUCAACCCAGCCAAUGAGCACCCAAGACUCUGGGGAAGUGUCCACCCAGCUAAUGUCAGGCUCAGAUUCCGGAGUCGUGUCUUCACUGCUAGUGUCGGCUCCAGGUUCUGGAGCAAUGUCCACACCACUCCUAUCAGCUCCAGAUACCAGAGAAGUGUCCACGUUGCCAAAGCCAGCUCCGGAUGCUGAAGCAGUGUCCCCACUGCUAAUGACAGCCCUAACCUCUGGAGUGAUUCCCACCCAGCUGAUGUCAGCCCAAGACUCGGGACUGAUGUCCCCACAGUUCACACAGAAUCUAGACUCUCAAAUCAUGUCUACUCCACCAAUGAGAACGACAGCCUCUGGGGGGUCGUCCACAGCGCCAGCGAGAGCCCCUGACCCUGGAGCAAUGUCCAUACCGCAGAUGAGACCUCUGGCCUCUGGCAAUAUGGCUACAUUGCUAAAGACCGUUCCAGACUCUGGAACAUUGUCCACCCCACUGAUGACGGUCACAACUUCUGGAGCAAUGUCCACUGAGAAAAUGUCAACCACAGCCUCUAGAGUAAUGUCCUCACAGUUAACGAUGACCAGAACUUCUGGAGCAAUGUCUACAGGCUUUGUGAAAGCCACAGCCUCUGGGACAAUGUCCACCCUGCGAAUGAGACCCCUGGCCUCUGCGAUGACGUCUGCACCACUAAGGAGAACCCCAGCCUUUGGAGCAAUGUCCACACAGCCAGUUACAGCCCAAGCCUCUGAAACAAUGACCACACUACAACUGUCAUCCCCAGCCUCUGGGUCAAUGUCUACACUGCAGUUGAGAGCCCCUGUCUCUGGAGCGAUGUCUAUGUCACAAAGGAGAGCCACAGCCUCAGGAGUGACAGCUGUACCACAGUUGAGAGCCUCAGCCUCUGGAGCAAUGUCCACCCCACUGAUGACAGCCAAAGCCUCUGGAGCAAUGUCUACACUGGUAAUGAGAGACAGGGCCCCAGGAGUGAUGUCCUUGCCGCAAAUGAGAGCUACGGCCUCGGGAGCAUUGUCCAAGCCACUAAUGACAUCCAAAGCCUCAGAAGCCAUGUUCAUGCAGCAAAUGACAGCCACAGCUUCUGGAGAGAUAGCCACAAUGCUAAUGAGAGACACAGCUUCUGGAGCUAUGUCCAUGCGGCAGAUGACAGACACUGCCUCUGCAGGGAUGUCCACACCACUAAUGAGAGCCCCAGCCUCUGGAGACAUGUCCACACCACAAAUGACAGCUGCAGCUUCUGGAACUGUGUCCAUGCCUCUAAUGGGAGCCCCAGACCCCGGAGCAAUGCCCACAGUGUUAAUGAGAGCCACAGCCUCUGGAAAGGUGCCCAGUCAGCCACUGAGCACCCAAGACUCUGGAGGGAUGUCCAUGUCUUUCAUGAGAUCCAGGAUCUCAGGAGGGAUGUCCCCACUGGAGAUGCAAACCCCAGCCUCUGAAAUGAUGUCCCCACCAAAAAUGAGAGCCCCGGCCUCUGGGGUGAUAUCCACACCACUAAUGAGAGCCCCAGACCCUGGAGAGAUGUCUGCACUGUUCACAAGAGCUUCAUCCUCUGGACAGAUGUCCCCACCACUAAUGAGAACCCCAGUUUCUGGAGAGAUAGCCACAUCCCUGAGAGUCCCAGCUUAUGGGACAAUGUCUACUCCACACAUGACAGCUACAGCCUCUGGAAUGAUGCCCAUGCCACAGAUGAGGGCUCCAGUGUCUGGAGCAAAGCCCACACCACUAAUGAGAUCCACAGCUCCUGGAGCGAUGUCCAUGCUUCACGUGACAGCCACGGCCUCUGGAGGGGUAUCUGUGCCACUGGUGAGAAGCCCAGCCUCUGGAGCAACGUCCACACCACAAAUGAUGCCCACAGCUUCAGGAGAGAUGUACACACUACCAAUGCGAGCCCCAGCCUCUGGAGUAAUGUCCCCGCCACUAGCAAGAGCCCCAGUCUCUGGAAUGACGUCCACACCACUAUGGAGACCUUCAGCCUCCGAAGCCAUAUCCACAGAGUUAUCGAGAGGUCCAGUGUCUGGAAAGAUGUCCACCGCACAAAUGACAGCCAUGGCCUCUGGAGGGAUGUCCAAGCCAUUAAUGAGAGCCACAGCCUCUGGAACAAUGCCCAUGCCAUUGAUGUCAGCCAUGGCUUCUGGAGACAUGUCUGUGCCGCUAAUGAAAAGCAUGGCCUCUGGGGCAGUGUUCACACUGCAAACGAGAGUCACGAGUUCUGGAUCUAUGUCCUUGCCACAUACAACAUACACAACUUCUGGAGGGAUGCCUGCACCGCCAGUGAGAGCCUCAGCUUCUGGAAUGAUGUCCAUGCCACUUCUGAGAGCCACAGCCUCUGGAGGGAUGGCCAUGCCACAAAUGACAGCCAUGGCCUCUGGAGGGGUGUCCAUGCCGCCAAUGAGGACCCCAGUCCCAGGAACCAUGUCCACACCACAAGUGGCAGCCACACCCUCUGGAAUGAUGUCCACUCUGGAAAUCAAAGCCACAGACUUUGGAGAAACAUCUGCCUCUCACAGCAAUGUCACAGCCUCUGGAUCAAAGUCCACACCACACAUGGCUGCCCCAGCCGCUGAAACAAUGAACCCACCACCAAAGGAAGUCCCAUCCUUUGGCAUGCUGACCCCAGCACUCUGUUACCUCUUAGAGGAACAGGAAGCAGCCCGGGGUUCAUGCUCUGUGGAGGAGGAGAUGGAGAUUGAUGAGGAGAAGCAAAUGAAGGGCUUUUUGAAUGACUCAGAAAAAAUGGCGUUUCUGGUGUCUCUUCAUCUGGGGGCAGCAGAGAGGUGGUCCAUCUUGCAGAUGGAGGUAGGAAACCCCCUCUCAGAUGAAAAUAAAUCUUUCCUGAGCAGAUCACAGGGCUUAUAUGACUCCCUAUCCGAGAUAGACAUCCUCAGUGCUGUUCUUUGCCACCCCAAGCAGGGCCAGAAGUCAGUCAGGCAAUAUGCCACCGACUUCCUGCUGCUGGCCCGACAUUUGUCUUGGUCUGAUGCCAUUCUACGGACCAGGUUUCUGGAAGGGCUCUCGGAAGCUGUUACCACCAAAAUGGGCCGGAUCUUCCUGAAGGUGGCCGGCAGCCUAAAGGAGCUGAUAGACAGGUCUCUCUACACUGAGUGCCAGCUGGCUGAAGAGAAGGAUUCCCCGGGCAGGUCAAGCCAGGUUCUGCUGUCAGCCUGUAAGCGGAAUAAUGAGGAGGCGAUGGAGAAUGAACUGAACUCUUAUCAGCAGACUGAGGAGCACCAGCAUGUUCCUAAACGCUGUUACUACCUGAAAGAGCAUGGAGACCCUCAAGAGGGUCUGCAUGACCACCUCCGACAGAGCACAGGCCAUCACAAGGCCCCCACCAACAAGUAAUUCUUUCUGGAAUCUUCUACUGUGAUGUCUGACUCCGCUGCUAACUUGAGGACUGGUUCCUGGACCCAUUCCAUUCAAUUACAUCAUAAACCUUGUGGCCUUCCCCCUACAGCCUCCCCCUCCAGGCACAUCCCACCUAACUCCGAGUUGGUUGACUUGACCUUCUCUUUUACCCGACAUGCCUGUGACCUGCCCUGACAAUCAGAGUGUGGACUUCAAGAGUGUUUGGUGUAUGAGGUUUUGAACUCCUAUCGCCGUGGAGGCCAGUCCUAGUUCCUGGUCCAGGGAGAAGUCUAGGCAGGAGAAACUGUGUCCUACCUCAAAAACACCUAGAGUGUCUUGCCACAUGUCAUCAGGCAAACGUGAGGAUGCCCUGGUCCCAUUUCACCUGGCAAGGGAGCCUAUAAGGAGAGUGAUGCCCACUCCCAAACCACCCUUUUCAUAUGCCCCAACUCAUAGCACCUAAAAUGGGUCUCCAGGGCCCUUGCGCUGUUUAUAGUCUCCAUCCUGAACCAUUCGUUUUGACCCAUGGUAGUAAUCAUAGUAAUGGCUAACACUUAUUGAUUAUGUAUUAUGUGACAGGUAUUGGGCUAAACUCUUGACAAGCACCGUCUCACUACCUUCUUAUCAUAACCCAACUUGUUCUUGUGUUGUCAGCUUCUGACUUCUGAUCUUUUCUCUCUGGCCCUUGUUUUCUUCCUCAGUGUCAAAUCGCUAGCUCUGACUUCUUGGUGGCCCCCUUAGUAAUAAUUGCCCCUGCUCCCCAUGGCUAUUGUGGCUAUUUGUGGCCAACACUCUUGAUAAAGGUCUUGCUCUUUAAACAGGCAUAAAUAGUUAGAAUAUAAUAUGAGCAGUGUUUGCCUUCAGGUGGUGGGAUUGUGGGUGUUUUUACCUUCUUCUUUCUACUUCUCUGUACUUUCCAGAGUCUCUGCAGUAAGCAUGUGUUACAUUUGUAAUCACAAAAGUAAAUAAAGUUCAUUUAUGA